AUGGCCGGCCUCAGCAUGAGGUGGGGCACCACCGUGCUGGUGUUCUGCGUCAUCCUCGCCUUGAUGCCCGGCAAAGCUGCAGCAUUCGGCGCAGGCAACAUUCCCUCGAUCGCCCAGGUCGAGGGCCACAAUUGGAGGCAUGGCGAUAUCGAGGACAUGCUCAAGACGGUCGCCUUUCUUCACGGCAAGAAGUGGACCACCAUGAUGGUCCAGAGGACCUACUUUGGAAAUUGGCUCAGGGACUAUUCGCAAGCUGUCGAUGUUGGAAGUCUCAAGGGCGUGAAUGCAGCAACCAUCAGGAUCUUGGUCUGGGUGCUUUCCUUCAUGGCAUUCGGAUAUGCGACUGAGGAGUUCGAGGUCACUGAGGAGCGUCUUGGUGUUUAUCGACCUGAGGAGCACAUCGACAACCCUCUUGGUUAUGCGGACAACAUGGACGCACGCAAAUUCGAUCCCCGGUUGAGAGGUCCCGUCGAAGCUAGAGAAACGGAAAUCGACUCGCGCACUGGUAUGAAGAACUACAUUGCGAAUGAACAGGGAGGAUGGGCUACCAGCGCAGGAUAUUUACGCUUCAGCUUUGCCCGCAGUAUUCAUUAUGGACGGCUGUAUACCAACGGCGCGGGAGGUUCUUCUGGGAAGGAAGCCGACCUUUGCGAAGCUCUUCGAUGUCUUGGCCAGGCUCUACACUGCAUGGAAGACUUCAGCGCCCACAGCAACUAUUGUGAAUUGGCGCUGAUCGAACUCGGGCACCAAGGCGUAUUUCCCCACUGCGGCACAUCAUCUCAGAUCAAUUUGCACGGCAAGCGAGUCUACCCCUUGGUCACUGGCACUUUCGGCGCUGUCGACUUCUUGCACUCGGUCUUGGGAGAAGCUACCGACCACUUCACACAAUCCGAAGUCGAUGAGGUCGAUAUUGCCCUUAAGAAUGCCGAGAAAGGUUCAGGCGGUGGCGCUACCCGGGACCGAGGUCUCUUUGGAUUAUCGUCCUCUGGAGGAGAUGACUUCAUCUCGCUCGUUUCCCAGCUUCCCAGCAUUGGUGGUGGCUUCGCCUCGACAGCUCGGGAUCUUAAGCGGCAAUCGGAAAUGCAGGAGCAGCAGAACAGCCAAGUUCUAUCACGAGGCAAUGCCAACCAAAUCCCCGGCAUGAGCCCGGAUUUUGACCCUGUAGAGACCGCAAGAAAGAUUUAUCCAAUUCUGGAGUUCCGUGAUAAGAUCGUCAAGUCCAUCAACAACACCAUAUCCAAAAUCCCUGGUUUGGAAAAGCUGCUCGAUCACAUCAGCGAGACCUUGACAGCUUUCGUGCUUGGUCUCCUUGCGCCUUUCGUCAGACCGAUCAUUAAUCAGGUUUCCAAGGUCUUAAAGGAUGGCUCCUCCGGGGUCAUCAAUGCCAGCUCCAACUCCCAACUCGAGCCCUGGAAGGACUCUCACUGCACCAAUCCCACCCACUCCAUGCUUUCUAAGGACCAUUUCACAAACAUUCUCAACCCCUGCGCGGGAAGAGUUGCAUCCACCAUCCUGCAAUAUGCCGUUCCGCGAAUCUUGUAUGCGUGGGAGCACCCCGGCGUCCCCGUCGACGAGGUCGUCAACGACGUCCUCCGCGCCUUCCACCACCCUGCUGCGCGUAACGAUCACAUUCAGAUCCAGAAGGACAUGUUCGAGACUGUGCGCCUCUGGGUUAACGAGUAUCCCCGCCGCCACGAGCUUGACCGUGUCCUCGGCUCCGAGUCAGUCAAGAACGGCAAGAACCACAUCCUGACGGGAAGCAACAAAGCCGGUGGUCAUGGCCACUCCCACGGCACCUUUGGCGGAUGGCAAGACGCCCUGGGCCAGGUCGGCCACGGAAAGGUUGCUGGCUCGCUCUGGUCCCAAGUCAAGACCCGAGACCUCGAGGCCAUGGAUGGUCACGAUGGCAGGCCCCAGAACCAGUACAUGUCACAAUCUCCAGCGCCGUCGCCUGCUCUUCCGCCCCCGUCACCCCAGUUUGGAUACAGUCAGUCGAAUCAACAAAGUAGUGGGCAAUACACGGGCGGCCUUGCAGAUGAUUACCUUCGACCCCAAUAUCAGCAGCAACAGUCGAACCAGUACCAGCAACAACCUCCGCCACAGCAAUAUGGUGGUGGCUACGGUGGUCAGCAGCAGCCUCCACCUCAGCAGCAAUACGGCGGCGGCGGCGGCGGCGGCCCUGGUGGCUAUGCUGGCGGCUACGGUGGACCAGGAGGUUAUGGAGGCCCACCACCUCCGCAGCAGUACGGCCAGUAUCCUCCACAAGGUCCUCCGCCGGGCCAGUACGGCCAGCCGCCACCGCCGCCUGGAGGAUGGGGCGGCGGACCGGGCUGGGGUGGACCACAGCCAGGCGGACCCCCGCCACCACCGGGAUACGGAGGCCCAGGCUACGGCCAGCAGCCUCCGCAGCAAUACCCGCCAUAUGGGCAGGGACAAGGGCCCCCGCCGCCGAGGCAGGAUGAUUGGAAUCAGUACCCGGGACAAGGACAUAGGUGGUAA